AUGAUGACUUUUGGAAAAGAUUCUACAUGCAGCGAAAUCGUUUUGGAUACUAAUAAUAGUUUCAAGAGAUUGGCUGGAUGUUAUAGAUCUCAAUGCCUUGAAAAUGGAACUGUUUUGAAGUUGAAAUUGUCAAACGAAGAAGAAAUUCUUUGUUCGAGAAAAGGUGAAAUUAAAUACAUUGGAAAUCUUUCAAUUAUUUGUCAAGAUCCGAAAUUGGUUUGUCAAAUGAGAGAUUUCAACAGCCAAAGAGUUGUUUCUCCUCAUGAACCACAAACAACUCCUUCUCCAACAACUAUUCCUACUCCUCAUCCAACAAAAACAAUAAUCCCUACUCCAAAACAAACAAUAUCUUUGACUCCAAUUCCAACAAAAAUUUUGACACCAAAUUUGACACCAAAAAUAACUGAAAAUAAUGAGUUUAAUAAUAAUAGUACAGUUGUUGCGGAAAAAGAAAAGAAUGGACUGUUGACAAGUGUUAUUGUUUUGUCUUGUUUGAUGAUUUUAAUGGUAAUAGGAAUCUCCAUUUUGGUGAUUGUUCUUUGCAGAAGCAAAAAAGAAAUUCAACCAGAAAAUGAUAUUUCCGAAGUUUUAGUUCCAAAACCUGAUGGAGAAAAAUUGGAAAUCGAUGCUGGUGAGCAAUUAUAA